UCUAUCUUUCGAUGUAUGUAUAUGAAAUAUACAUAAAAUUAUCUUUUAUAUAUAUUUAUAUAUAUAUAUAUUUAGUGUGUAUAUAUGGGAAAUCAAAAAGCAAGAAGAGCCAUGAGUGGGAUACCGCUUUUAGGCUAGAUCUGAGUUGGAUUCAAGGUUCUAUAUUUUGGAUUUCUUACCAAAUGGGUUCAUCGGACCGAUUGUUUAACAGGCAAAGACGUGUUCAUGAUAUCCUCGGAGCAGGUCUUGUUGCAGAUGUGAUUUUGUGGAGAAGAAAGAAUGUGACAGUGGGGAUACUUCUAGUAACUCUGGCUGCUUGGGUGGUUUUUGAGAGAUCUGGUUAUACUCUCUUAUCCCUUGUUUCUAGUGUUUUCCUCCUCCUCAUUAUCAUUCUCUUCCUCUGGGCCAAAUCUGCAGCAAUUCUUAACCGACCAGCUCCACCCCUGCCAGAAUUGCAUUUGUCAGAAGAAAUGGUAAAUGAAGUGGCCGCUAUGAUCCGCACUCAUGUAAAUAAUUUUCUCUCAGUUUCUCAGGAUAUUGCCCUGGGUAAGGACUCAAGGUUGUUCUUCAAAGUUGCUGCAUGCCUGUGGCUGAUUUCAUUUGUUGGUGGCUUGACUGAUUUUCUUACUUUGGGUUAUGUUGGCCUGGUCAUUAUUCUUACAAUUCCAGCACUAUAUGAAAGAUAUGAAGAUUAUAUUGACAAGUAUGUCAUUAUGGGAUACAGAAAAUUGAGGCAAUUCUGUGUUUUAAUAGAUCAAAAGAGUCUCAUUAGAUUCCAAAAUUUGGAUUUGGAGAAGAAAAAACUAAGUUGAUCAUCUCUUUCUCUCUCAAUUUCAACUAUUUUUGAAACCAUUUUUUUUUUGGGGGUUAUUUUUGUGGAUUUUGUUUUAAAUAUCUUGUUUUUUUUACAAGAUCAUGGGAGUGCUAAGGGUGCCAUUGGUAGAGGGAGUGGGGAAGAGUGGCUCUUUCAUCUUCUUAUUUUUUUCCUUUCCGGAAAAAAAGGGAAAUUUCUAUUUUCUUUUAAACUUUGUCAUGCUCGAGGGUUUUAGGGUUUACAAGAGAGAGGUAACAGUUUGCCGUCUGUAAAUUUCUCCUCGUAGUCAAAUCAUACAAGGAGAAUGGUUUUGACAUUUGAGUACAUGCUGUAUAUCAUGUUUUUACUGCCUGGUUAGUGCUAUCCAAAAAUGCCUUCUUUCUUUC